AUCUCGACUCGACUGUGGACUUGACAUCGCCGUCAUCGUUCGAGACAUCCUGACCACCACUUUCCACAAUCCCACCUGACCAACUUGCCUCUACGACUACUUACAUCUCCUUCCUCGAUCUAGGCUUUUCAGCCUGGCUCAUUUGACCCUCACACUCUUUCAUCAUCAUGAUUGACGACGCUCACUUGGCCGCCACGUCGUCGGCUUCUACCAGCACUGCCCUCCCUCCUCCUCAGCGGCCCUCGAGUCGCAACCGUCGUCGUGCAUCGCAGCCUGCUUCGCUCUACACGCACGUCACCCGCGCGCAUACACCACCAUCUCCUACACUCAACGACUGGUCAGACGAUGGAGCUGGACCAUCUUCCUCUUCUUCAUCGACGGCAGUCAGCGACAUCGAUAGCGAUGACGACUUGAUGCGGUGGAGCGACGCGGGAAAUGCAAAGGGCAAACGCAGGGCUCUUGAGCCUCAGCACCCUGCCGCCGCCUCAUUGGAAUGGCUGGACCUCUCUCUCAGUUUGCCUCUGACAGUCGCGGUAGUGCGUGGCCGACUUCUCACCUACCUCAAUGCCCUCGAGGAGCAGGCAAGAGCCAUCGCAGGCAAACUCCAGCGAGACGCUCGCGGCGACCAAUCUUCCUCUUCCUCUGAGGCAUCGUCCUCUGCAUCGUCCUCAGUAUCGGUGGCCGACUCCUACCUGUCGCCCUUUUACACCCAACUCGAAGCUCUUAAGGACGAUUUGCACCGUCUCACCCUCCUUUUCCCCUCGGCGCCUCUCGCUCUCCCCUCUCCAAGCGCAACGCUGAGUCUCUCUUCAGCCGCAAUCAUCUCACGCUCCCAGUCCCUCGCAGCAGACUGGGAUCGCAUCUCAUCGGCAUUGAGCCAACGCAUGCCAGGCUUUCCGGCCUCGUUCCCCUCCGUGGACCCGCGCAGUGUGAAUCUACCACGCCCGGCUAUGCCACUUGUAGCGGCUACCGUCCUUCAAAAGGUCCAAGGAAGAUUCGACGAUCUACAGGAGCUGCUCGCUACCAUGACUCUUCGGGAUUGCUGGGAGCAGAGCGGCGCUGCAGCAGCUCGCUGGCCCUCCUCCGUAUCAGCAGCGGCGGCUUCCACACGUCGCCGCGCCUCCAUCUCCUCUGCAGCAGCUCACUUGCCCAGCUGGGAUUCGAUCAUGUCGUCCAUCAAGGAGUCUUCUGAACGCUCCAAAGUCAAAGCAGGCGAGAUGGUCACCACUGUUCUCGAAGCAGAGCAUGCGAUGUACAAGCGCGCAUGCGGCCUCGCAAACGAGGGGUCGCGCCUCAUCCACUACGCCGACCUGCCCCAUCUCUGGCGAAAUAAUGAGCACAUCCUUUCUGGCUAUCGGUUCAUUCCCCUCGAAAACUGGGGUACGCUGCUGCGCUCUACCUUUCAAUUGCAUAACGAGACGGUCAACAUCCACUCGCACCUCUUUGGCGUCCUCAUAGUUCUCCCCCUCUUCUGGCCUUCAAAGGGAUUGGACGAGCACACGACCUGGGCUGACAGGCUGGUGCAGACCAUCUACCUCGUUGCGGCCAUGAAGUGCCUCGUCUCCUCGGUGGUAUGGCAUGUCUUCUCUGGCUGCUCCAACGCCAAGUGGUUCGAACGCGCCGCGUGCGUCGAUUAUUCGGGCGUAGCAUUGCUGGUGGCGGCGAGCGUGUGGACCACAAUCUACAACGAGUUCUACUGCCAGCCCAACCUCGCCAUGCUAUACUCCUGCACCACGCUAGUCGUUGGGCUGAUAGGAGCAGCAGUUCCCUGGGCGAGCUGGUUCAAUGAGCGUUCCAACAAGGGAUUGCGCAUCGUCGUCUUCCUCGGAAUGUGCUUCACCUCUCUCCUUCCAUUCGCCCACGCGACGUACGAGCACGGCCUUCUCAAGACGUUGCGUUUCCUCAGCCCGAUUCUCCCCAGCUUGGCGUGCUACAUCAUUGGGCUGGUCUUCUAUGCCACCAACUGGCCAGAGAGCAGGUGGCCGGGCAAGUUCGACCUCUUCCUCCACGCGCACCAGAUCUGGCACGUCAGCAUCGUCCUGGCUAUUCUCUUUCACUAUAGAGCUGCUCUGCAGUUCCACGCGAACCGAUUCGAGUUCUCCUGCACCUACAACCCGCUCGCUUCGGGCUCACCAGCUGGCCAGGGCACAAUGGCUGCAAUGAGCAGCGCAGGGAGCGCCCUCCUCGACGCUGGGGCUUCGUCGCUUCUUCAGGCUGCUGGUGGUCUCCACGGUGUGGAAGGGUUGCAGCGAGCGGACGAGAAGGUGCAUGGCUGGAGGAUCGUUGCUGGACGUCUGGGUGGGGGGAGAGUGGGCCUGGUCUGGGGCGCAGCGAGGGAGUGGUUGCAGAGGUGGUAGCGGGGAGUCAGCAUUGGACGCCACUUUUGCAUGUGCUUCAUCUAUUCUUCUUGCCCUUUGCUUGGUCUCCUGCUCACAUUACCUCAAAUAGACAUAGCAUCGCAGCC